GGCGCAUGCGCACUCCGUGUUAGUGAUGGAGGAGAGAAGAUGGCGGAAGCGGAGUUUAAGGACCACAGCACAGCUAUGGAUAGUGAGCCGAGCUCUGGAACGUCCGUGUCAACAACAGCCAGCAGCACCACCACCACCACCAUCACCACAUCCUCCUCCCGAAUGCAGCAGCCACAGAUCUCUGUCUACAGCGGGUCAGACCGACAUGCUGUUCAGGUAAUUCAGCAGGCCUUGCAUCGGCCCCCCAGCUCGGCGGCUCAGUACCUGCAGCAGAUGUAUGCGGCUCAGCAGCAGCACCUGAUGCUGCACACGGCUGCUCUGCAGCAGCAGCACCUAAGCAGCUCACAACUCCAGAGCCUUGCGGCUGUCCAGGCAAGUUUGUCCAGUGGAAGACCAUCUACAUCCCCCACAGGCAGUGUUACACAACAAUCAAGUAUGUCCCAGACAUCUAUCCUGUCCGCUUCUCCCGCACCUGCUCAGCUGAUGAACCGCUCCCAGACGUCCAGUUCCACCAGCGGCAGUAUCACCCAGCAGACUAUGCUGCUCGGGAGUACCUCUCCCACCUUAACGGCCAGCCAAGCCCAGAUGUAUCUCCGAGCUCAAAUGCUGAUUUUCACACCUGCUACCACUGUGGCUGCUGUACAGUCUGACAUCCCUGUUGUCUCGUCGUCACCGUCACCUUCCUGUCAGUCUGCAGCUGCUCAGGUUCAGAAUUUAACCUUACGCAGCCAGAAGCUGGGUGUCUUAUCUAGCUCACAGAAUGGCUCACCAAAAAGCGCUGGUCAAACCCAGUCCUUGACAAUUUGCCAUAAUAAAACAACAGUGACCAGUUCUAAAAUCAGCCAACGAGACCCUUCUCCAGAGAGCAGGAAGGGAGGAAGCCCAGGUCUGGAAUCCCGGAGCACGGCCGUCACUCGGACAUCAAGCAUCCACCAGUUAAUAGCACCAGCUUCAUAUUCUCCAAUUCAGCCUCAUUCUCUAAUCAAACAUCAACAGAUUCCUCUUCAUUCACCACCUCCUAAAGUUUCCCAUCAUCAGCUGAUAUUACAACAGCAACAACAGCAAAUUCAGCCAAUCACCCUUCAGAGUCCAAGUCAAGAUCCACCCCCAUCCCAGCACUGUAUCCCACUCCCAAACCAUGGCCUUUCUCCGGCUCCCAGUAAUGCCCAGUCACAGCAUUGCUCCCCAAUUCAGAGCCAUCCUCCGCCUUUAACUGUGUCUCCCAAUCAGGCACAGUCCGCACAGCAGUCUGUAGUGGUGUCUCCUCCCCCACCUCAUUCCCCAAGUCAGUCUCCUACUAUAAUUAUUCAUCCACAAGCACUUAUCCAGCCACACCCUCUUGUGUCUUCAGCUCUUCAAACAGGGCCAAAUUUGCAGCAGGCUGAUCAGGUACAGUCCACAGCACAGCUGAAUCUUCCAUCCCAUCUUCCACUUCCAGCAUCCCCUGUUGUACACAUUGGCCCUGUCCAGCAGUCUGCCUUGGUGUCCCCUGGUCAGCAGAUAGUGUCCCCAACAUCACACCAGCAGUAUUCAACCCUACAGUCCUCUCCAAUUCCCAUCGCAACCCCUCCACAGAUGUCGGCAUCUCCUCCAGCUCAGAUCCCACCACUGCCCUUGCAGUCUAUGCAGUCUUUACAAGUGCAGCCUGAAAUUCUAUCCCAGGGCCAGGUUUUGGUGCAGAAUGCUUUGGUGUCAGAAGAGGAGCUACCUGCUGCAGAAGCUUUGGUCCAGUUGCCAUUUCAGACUCUUCCUCCUCCACAGACUGUUGCGGUAAAUCUACAAGUACAGCCGCCAGCACCUGUUGAUCCACCAGUGGGAAUGCAUUUGAACCAGUGUCAUCUGCACAAAGUUUUUUCUCUUAAGGUUUAUCAAGUAGAAGAUGUGUGUGAGGAAGAAAUGCCAGAGGAGUCUGAUGAGUGUGCAAGGAUGGACAGAACCCCUCCACCCCCCACCUUGUCUCCAGCAGCUGUCACUGUGGGGAGGGGAGAGGACUUGACAUCCGAACAUCCUUUGUUAGAGCAAGUGGAGUUGCCUGCUGUGGCCUCAGUCAGUGCUUCCGUGAUCAAGUCUCCAUCAGACCCCACCCAUGCCUCUGCUCCUGCACCUCCACUCCUCAUCCCUGCUGCUUCCACGAGGAGCAGCAGCACUUCUCUGGCCAGCAGCACUCCCAGCCUGGAAAACAAGCCUCCACAGGCUAUUGUGAAACCACAGAUUUUGACCCACGUUAUAGAAGGCUUUGUGAUUCAGGAGGGGCUGGAGCCGUUCCCUGUGAGUCGAUCAUCACUGCUGAUAGAACAACCUGUGAAAAAGAGGCCUCUUCUGGGUAAUGAGGUGGUAAACUCUGUGUGUGCUCAGCCGGAGUUGCAGAAUAACACAAAGCAUGCAGAUAACUCAUCCGACACAGAGAUGGAAGACAUGAUUGCUGAAGAGACAUUGGAAGAAAUGGAUAGCGAGUUACUGAAGUGUGAAUUCUGUGGAAAAAUGGGAUAUCCUAAUGAAUUUUUACGGUCCAAACGAUUCUGUACUAUGUCAUGCGCCAAAAGGUACAACGUUAGCUGUUCUAAAAAAUUUGCACUUAGUCGUUGGAAUCGUAAGCCUGAUAAUCAAAGUCUCGGGCAUCGGGGCCGUCGUCCAAGUGGCCCUGAAGGGGCAGCAAGAGAACAUAUCCUUAGGCAGCUUCCAAUUACUUAUCCAUCUGCAGAAGAAGACUUGGCCUCUCAUGAAGAUCCUGUGCCUUCUGCUAUGACGACCCGUCUGCGAAGGCAGAGUGAGCGGGAAAGAGAGCGAGAGCUUCGAGAUGUGAGGGUUAGGAAGAUGCCUGAGAAUAGUGACUUGCUCCCAGCCGCACAGACUGAGCCCUCCAUAUGGACGGUCGACGACGUCUGGGCCUUCAUCCAUUCUUUGCCCGGCUGCCAGGACGUUGCAGAUGAGUUCAGGGCACAAGAGAUUGAUGGGCAGGCCCUGCUCUUGCUAAAAGAAGACCACCUCAUGAGUGCAAUGAACAUGAAGCUGGGCCCAGCCCUGAAGAUCUGUGCACGCAUCAACUCUCUGAAGGACUCUUAACAGGAGCGAGGCGUUGUGCUUCUCAGCCCAUUCCUCUUACUAGGUGAAGGUAAAGCCUCGCUGGGAAUUCUCUCCUGAGAAUAUCAGACUGAUGGGGGAAGGCCGAGUGCACUGGGACCACCACAGCCAGUGCCGACGUUUCUCUUCAGAUGUCCUAACUCAUCAUACAUUUUCAUAAUUAGUGAACAUCGGUGACAUUAAUUUUACCACUUACAUGCUACACUGAAAGACUUGUUACAGAGGCCCAUAUUUUUCAAAGAAACAUGUUAUACUAGAAAAUUUUUUAAAGGUAAUGUUUAUCAUUAAUAUAAAAAAACCUUUUAAAAAUAAUUAUUGAUUUACACUCCCCCUCCUUUAAUUCUCUUUUCUUAUACGUUUUCCUUCCCUGUUAGUUUUCUAAAUGUUGUCAUAGAGAUAUAGGAUAAUUUAGGAGCCCAUUGACAGAACUGAAUGCAAUGAAAUGCCAGUCUGUUUUAAAAAGCGUAUCUUCCAGACAAAUGCUUUGGCUGUGAAAAGGGAUUGUGUUUUAGCAUAAGCAGUAUUUUUGAAGUUCUCAAGGGUCUCUAGUCUAGCCUUUACCCAGGUUGGCAUGACUGACAAUUUUCCUCCUGGUUUGUACAUUAAGAGCAAUAGUUCUCAGUGGAGAACUUGUCCUCCAGGGGACAAUUGGCAAUAUCUAGACACAUUCUGGUUGCCAUGGCUUGGGCUUGAGUUUUGGUGAGGGUGGUUAUAGGAACUGAGGUGUGACAGCCAGUGGAGAUGUUGCUGACUACCCUACAGUACAUAGGAUGCCCCUCUGUCAGCAGGAUCGAUGUGUUAUGGAUGCCAGUGGUGCCAGUGAGCACAGUGAGCAGCCUGGCUGAGCAGAGCGGCAUACUUAAUUGAUGGCUGUGAGGAGGACGAUGUGCAGUGAAGGGUUAGCCAGUGGCACCAGAGUUCCUCAGAAGCAGGUUUUGGUUUUACUGUAUACUAGAAAGGAAAGGAAAUCCAUAAACCUGGGCUAUAAAACUAGGCUAACUCACAGAUCAUGUGACUCUGGUGUGGCCCUGGCCCAUUGUCACCUCUUCCUGACUCUGUUCUGUGCACUAUGAUGGUGCUUGAUGCAGUCAUGCCUCGGAGCCUCUUUCAGCAGCCCAGUGGCAGUGGAGGUGGAAUCCCUUCCUUGAAGCAACCCUGCUGAGUCUGGCUAGAAUGCAUAGUUCUUUCUCCCUUACUAAGGCUGUGGAUUCUUCCCACGAAGUAUUUAAAGUGAUUUCUCCUAAUCAGAAGUUUUUAUUCAACAGUUUUCUGUUAGGACACUAAGCCAAAUUUUUCUGUGGAUGCUCUGAAAUCUUUGUAGUGCUGGGCAUCAAAAGAUUUGCUGACGUUGUUUGCUUUCUCUAUCUUUUUGCUACAAGUUUGAGAACUCUGAACAAAUGAAGGGACAUGUGCAUAGCCUUGGCACAGAUGGAAAAGACAGCAGAGUCUGAGCUCAGUCAUCUUUAUGGCGCUUUUCAGAGAUUGGGUUGAGUUAGUAGAAGACUAAAAGAUGUCACAAAGACAUCACAGAUAAAUUUAUCUUUUGGCUUUGUGUAAUUAGAAAAUGUUGGUUAUUUUUAUACAGAAAUACAGUGGAUAAUUUUUUAAUCUUUAGCUGCCUCUUGUUUGAAUGUAUGCUUUGUGAGAUUACUGCUGUAGUAGUUUUAAGAGCUGUUCGCUAGUAGUCCUGCGGAGACUCAGAAUGUGUAAGUAGCUGAGGCUCCUGUUUCAGACUACAGUAGUAUAGGCUACGUUCCCUAUUUCUUUGUAUCACAUUUGGUUAUUCACGUUUCAAGGAAGGCAGGUAUUCUACAGUCACCUGCAUAUAUUAGUACUGAGUCAUCAUGGCAGAGUUGUCACAGACGUUCCUGUCUCCUAACAGAGGCUGGCUAUGCAGCAUUAAGGACUGCCUGCCAUAAUGAAGGAAGCACAAGGCACAUUUCCUCUGGAAUGAAAACUGUGGUGUAGUUAGUAAUCCACAGUGAAUAUGGGAUUGUCCAGAAUAGACCUCCAGCAAUAAUGCUUCCCUCCUACAAAUACUUACAUAUAGUCUUUAAGGCAUUAUGUAACUCUGCACUUGUACUAAAACCAGCCCAUCGUGUGCUUUUGAGAAACCCCUGUGCCUAGCACUGUCCAUAAGCACCCCUAAACAGUUUACACGAAGGGUUUCUCUUGGAGGAUGCCUUCUUGUCCUUCAUCUUAGAAGUAGUCCAGAUCUUCUGUUGUCUGCACUUAAAUUUAACUAGCAAAUACACUUUUUUUUUUUACAAGUGGGUUAUUUUAUUUAGAAGUGGCUCAUUUGGCGUUUGGUAGUUCUCCCAUUGCUGUAGGUACUUCUAGGUAAUUUUUAAUUGUGCUAAUUUGAAAGCUUCAAUUACAUUAAAUGGGGACACAUUCUGUGUUUCUCCCUAUCUCCUGAGUAUUAGGCUGUUCGAUGUGACAUGGACGGGAAGAACGCUAGCUUCAUUUCCUUUCUUAUUACUAAGCACUUAAGAACUUUCUUAGAGGAAAAAAAGACAGGAAGGGAACAUGGUUUCUUCCUAUUUUUGCUUCCUGAGUUUGCCUUGCCUGACUUGAAACCCUUCAACCACUGUGGGACACACUUUUCACAUGUUAUUUGUUUUAAGUUCUGUGUUCCUAGGAAAAUAAACAGCUGGCUUGUAAAAGUUACUUUAAACUUAGACGCUUUGCAUACACACAUGUAAGGCACAGUGACACAGCUUUAUCAGCACAGCAGGGAAUGCUGCCUCCACACCUGACACCUUCCGUGACAGUGACUGAUGGAUGGGCAGAGUCACACUACCUGGGAGUAGAGAUGCCAGAACAAGAGGAGAGCGUGUUGGUAAAGCAGCUAGUGUGUGGCAGAGCGGACGGGGCCUCUUCCUCUGCUCAGUUCAUCAGGGCUGACUUUCUGUGUUUUAGGAGUCCUGCUGCUUUCCUCUUUGUUUCUUGUGUUGGAAGACUGUAUUGUUACCAUGCCUUUGAGUAACUAUUCACAGUCAGUCUUCAUAUAUUAAGUGCAUCUAUUUAUAAGCACAAGUCUUGGAUUGAAAUCUUUCAGAGGACUCAUUUUCUCAUAAGCUUGUUAGGUUGUGUGUCUCAGCACCUGUGUCCAGUAUAUGAAAUCUCUGACUGGGAAUACUCUUAAAGCAUUUCAGACAUGUUCUCAGCUAGAGAGGCUGGCUAAGUGUUGUAGUUUGAAGACUUGGGGAAUGCCAGCAACACUUGCUGCUGACUGGUACUUUUAGCAUGGGAUGGCCUCACCUCCUCUCCUGCACUGAGUCCCAUCUACCUCCAACCCCACCUCCAAUAAAGUACACAGACUUUCUUAGUUUUUUACUUGGGGUUGGGUUGCAUCCUGGCUUGGAGAGCUUCAGGCUUUUGUACUAGGGCGGGCCUUUAUAACUUCACCACUUGUAUUUCAAUCAAAGUCUUAUCCAUCUAUGCAAUUGUUUCCUAGUUUCUUGUGUACCAUAUGUCUGUGUGACUUAUUCCUUGAAGGUUAUUUGAGAAGGGGAGUGGAAAGGGGGAGUAAACGACAGAUAGGAAGAUGAUAUUGCGACCUGAAUGAAGACAUUUAGCAUGAUGAUGGUCCUUAGUAGCUAGGUAUCCUUGGUGAUGGAUGGCUGGACAAGGUGUGUUAGUUGUUUUGUUUGUUGGUGCUAGGGACUGAGUCAGGGCCUCACACGACACCUGAGAUUGUGUACUGUAUUGUUUUAUUUUCUUGUUUGCCUAGACUAACCUGGAAUUGUGGUCCUCUGACCUUCUCUCAAGUGCUAGAACUUAAUAUCUGUGCCACCAUGCCAAUCCUAGCCCCUAUGGUUUUAAAUUGUCAAGAUUUGGUUAAAGUCAAAUUAGGUAUUUCUCUUUAUCACCUGUCCCUGCUCUGAGGAGUGUUGAUAUUAAUAGUACCACUGGUACCCAAGUUGAGUAAUCCUGGAUUUUUGAAGAUGAUAAUCAAUCAGAGGGAGAGAAUCUGUCAAAAUGUAGGAGUUUGUUAUGAUCGCGUGGCAUCUCCACAGUCAGAUAUGACAGUUAGCUCAGUGUUGCAGCCAGUCAUAGGGAAGGAAGGCACUGCAGGACAGUUCCUGACUGGUGGGCUCCAGUAAGCCCAAGCCCACUGACCAUGACAUGAACUGUUCCAACUCCAGUCUUCAGUACUGAUAUGUCACUCCAUUCAGAGUGUUUUGUUUCAUAUCAAAGCUGGGUUUUGAAUUUAGCUGAGUACAAAUAAGUACUAGGAAGAGUAAAUGUGUUUUGUUAUUCAAAUUUAACAAAUUGAACUCAUUGAAGCCCUUAAGGAAUUCUCUGGGAAGAUAUUUCUGGUGUUAGAUUUUAAAAUGCAUUACCAUAUAGUUUAUAGUUGAAAUAAAAGCUGUUUUCCAAUUAAAAAUGUUGAAAAUGAUAUUGACAUUUUAAAAAGUAGCCUGAAAUGGUUAUCAGUUGUCUAUGCAGUUUUAGAGUUAAGUCUGUUUAUUUAGAGUUAAGUCUUAUCAGUUGUAUAUGCAGUUUUAGAGCUAAGUCUACUUGACAUUAUACUAAGAGAAAACUUUUUUCUUUUUGAAAGUUACAAGAUAUGAGUUUAUCUACAAUUAUUACCAUCAUGUUCUAGAGAAAAACCUUAGGAGGCCCCGCCCUCUGUUGACUCGCACAGCUUCUCUACAGCAGAGUCUCAUUUGCACACACUCUGGCGAGUGCCAUACCUAAGGGAAAUUAUUUCCACAAGGGCUUUAUUUUCUUUCUCCUUUGAUAACUUGUGGACCUUUUAUUUUAUUUAAAAUGCAAUUUGAAUAUAAUGUUAGGCACAAAAUGAGCUUCUAUAUAACUAUAUUUUAGGCAGAGGUCUUUGUGAGGCUUUUCAAGUGUAAACCUACUGCUGUCUAUGAUAUUCCUGAUAUUGGGCAUAAAUCUAUAGGAUGAGAAAAUUUAAAGUAGUAUGUAAUGAAUGAAUUUUAAUUAAAAAAAAUCAGUAUAAAUCUAAAACAUCAUUAUGCUAGCAUGGCAUGGUUUUAAUGAAAUGUAAGAGGGAUGUAGUUAAGUCCUUUAUAAUGUCUAACUUAGUUUCAGUCAUCAUCUUAGAUAUUCAUAGUAUCUAUUGCUUUUGGCUUAAUGGAAUACAUCAGUGUUUUGUCCUUUCUCUGACCGUGGUGAACGAGUAGUGGAGAUUAGAACAUCAUUGAGGAAAACAUGAACCCACUGAAGGGAGUUUUUAAAUCUUGCCUCAACUAAACUGAAUAUGUACAGUGUUGAAAUCCUUAUACAUAAUGCUUGUGUUAAAUGUUUUGGUAGUAUUAAAAAGUGAGCAAAUCACAACUCUUCCUCAGCAGUGAGAGAUAAAUACACUGCUGCUGCAUUGCUGUGCUGAGGGGAGAGGAGACUCCAGAUGGCCGGCAGCCCUGGGACUCGCUGGGCAGCUAUUUGGCUUUUUAUCUCAUUUCAAUGUAGUGUGAUACCUGCACUGCUAAAUAGGCUGGUUUUGUUGUUGUUGUUGUUUUUUGCUUAAAUCAUUUUUAAGGGAAUAUCCUCCCCGAGCUUUAAAGUUACAAUCCUAAGCUACACAAUUGGGAUUACCACGGGGCUGACCGACUGACAAGUGAAUAUCAGUACCCAUGCACUUACUCCUUCAUUUGUAAACUAUCUGAGCACUUGGCUUAUGUGUGCAAUAUAUGACCAAGAAAAUAGCAAGUAAAGUCUUCCCAAACAAACUCAGUGCUGCUUAAGCAUAUAUGUCCGUACAACCAGGAAUUAAUGGUAAUUAACCAGUAAUGCCCUGCUCUCUGGGAAUGGGGGUUUAAUAACAUCCAAGUGCUAAAUCACAUCACCACUCACAUAUUUCCCACCUGUGGACCAUCUCCUUGACUGUUGACAACAGUAAGACUGCUUGCCCUGACCGGCUGUGAAACUGUUGUGACAGGCACUGUCAGGACAGUCCCUUUACGUGGUCUGUGGGUGGCAGGAUGCAAGAAGUCAAUGUGAAAUCAUUGUGCAUUUUUAGUUGCAAAAGUUUAUAUCCAGUAUUAAUAGUGGAAUAGUUUUCCAAAACAGAAUCAUCUGAAACGAGGCAGAGAACAGGUUGCAAUGGCUGCUUUCUCCACAGUGCUGACUAUAUUGUAGUGUGUUAGAGACAGCCACUUCUCAAAGACAGGGAAGACCCAGAAAGGGUCUGCACUGCAUCGUGAAAAGUCAGAACUGGUGACAGAAGGCAGUUCCUAGUUGGGUGGUGGCUCACACCUUUAAUUCCAGCCUUGGGACGAAGAAGCAGGCAGAUCUCUGAGAGUCCAAGGCCAGCCUGGUCUACAGAGCAAGUUCCAGGACAGCCAGGCUACACAGAGAAACCCUGUCUCGAAAGCCACCACCACCACCAACAAAAAGCAGAUCCUGCUUGUGCUGGCAAGUAUUUAAGGAGUGAAGAUGGGGUCAAAGUCACUUUUAAUGGUGUGAAUUCCUGUGUCACUCUGGGGCUCUGUGAAUCAGGUUGUAAUUCUUGUUUUAAAUGCUAACUAACAUCAGUUGCUACUCACAUUCUCUAUAAAGAUAUAAAAAUAUAUUUUAAAAACUUUAUGUAUCAUAGCUAUAGGUUUUUAAAGUGGGGAAAUGCCCAAAUAAAGUGUUAAAUUACAAUAUAUAAUAGAUGCUUUCAAAUUAAGGUUUUUGUAAGUUAAAAUAAUCUAAAUAGCCCACUAAUCUGAUCUUUGUAAUUUGUCUCAUGCUUCUGGUUACUUUUAAGGUGUUUUUUAAGUUUUUGAAAUACACCUAAGUUGUAAAAUAUCCUGUGUUGUUUAGAGCUCUGUUGUAUAAAUGCUGUUCUUGUGUCUGUAUUCUUAGACCUUAAGAAUUCAGCUGAGAAUACAGAGUGUAAUUUUUGUGUAUGACUCCCACGUUGAUGGAAUUGACUGCCAAUCACCUCAUUCAGAGAUGGGUCUUGGUUUGUACAGUAGGGGAUUAAAAAUCAAAAUUCAGAAAUUGUUGGAAAGUGCAGGGAUUAUGCUAGGGUUGUACAUUACAGACAGCCAUGCACAGGGAGGCGGGGGAGGGAGGCUGCUGACUUCAAGCCUCUUGGAUUUGGUGAGAAUGCUUUGCAAAUGGCACUUAAAAUUUGUUUCACAAAGGCAGGUUGCUGGGAUUAACUGUUUUUUAAUAUUUUAAGGACAUUUUUAGAAAUCUUCCUUUUGGUUCUGACCAUUGUUCUAAAAUCAAAGUUUUAUAAUUAAAAAAAAAAAAACUCAAAAGAUGAUUCAUCAAGGAAAAAAGCAUCACCAAGGGGGAAAGAAAACAUGUUUUAAUCUUAGAGAAAGCAAAUGUUAGGGUUAUAAUAGAUGUGUCUUACAUUGGAUGUUGUAUUAGAGACCUCCUCACAGGAAAUGAUAUAGUUCUAGCACCCUUAGCAUAGAGUUCCUAGCCUGGCGUCCAUAGCUACAGUUUUACAGUAUAUAACCUGAAAAUGAAGUUAAUUUUGCAUUGUAAGAGCACACCAUUAUCUAUGUAAAAAGUGUUCAUUUGCUGUAUUUUUUUAAGAAAAGAGAAAGCACUUUCAUAUUAAGUAGCAUGUGUGUGAAUUUUAGACUUCCUAUGUGUGUCUAGUCAGUGAAGUUCAAGGAGCAUCGAUGUCUGCUGGCGAUGUUAACUGCUAACGGAAGCACCUUAUCCUCUGCUGCUUAACCUUGCUUGGAUUGCACCUUUGUUACCUGCACACUUUCACAUAGAGUAUUGUAACAUGGCUUCGAGUGGGUCUGGGCGGACAGCUAGUGGUGGGCCUACAGGAUCUUUUAUUUAUGUUGUUUAUAUUACAAUAAUAUAUUGUAGACCAGUUGUAACUUCAGUUCUUUACAAAUAAAAGCCUGACUGGUUA